AUGAAGAACGAACACCCAAUAUCAGUCACCAAGCUCAUAAUCUACACCAUAAUGCCUCUCCAACGUCCGAUCACCGGAUUUUUCCUCUUCUUCGCCGGAAUAGCUAUCGGAAUAACUCUCCGGUCCCAUCUCAAAGACUUCUCCUUUACUUACUCUCUUGACCCUCAACUCUCUCUCCCAAAUCCUCUCCCUCUCACCUCUCUCUGGUCACCGACACAGGAAACCACCACAGAUUCUGGCAACAUGGGAACUGUCAAAAUCAAUAAUUUCAUGGGUCAGGAUCACAAAGAAGACGACGACCAAGAUUUGAUUAACAGGGUAUUGAAAAUGGAUCCGCCGGUGAUCCGGGGAAGUACGCCGGCCGGCAAGGUGGCUUUCUUGUUCUUGACAAAGGGAUCUCUGCCGAUGGCGCCACUUUGGGAGAAAUUCUUUGAGAAACAUAAAGGAAAUUUCAGUGUUUAUGUUCAUACUAAUCCUCUUUAUAAUUGGACUCUACCAAAAGACUCUGUUUUUUAUGGCUCAAUAAUUCCAAGCAAGUUGGUGGAAUGGGGAAAAUUCAACAUGAUUGAAGCUGAGAAACGGCUUCUAGCAAAUGCCUUGCUUGAACCAACAAAUCAAAGAUUUGUUCUCUUAUCAGAAUCCUGUAUUCCUCUCUUCAAUUUCCAAACCAUUUACUCUUACUUAAUGGGCUCGGCCCAAAACUUUGUGGAAGCCUUCAAUCAGCCCGGCCCAUCAGGCAUUGGUCGAUACAAAAGGUCCUUUAAGCCUUUAGUGUUUCCGGCCCAAUGGCUCAAGGGCUCGCAAUGGUUCACGAUAAACCGAGAUCUCGCCACAACCAUCGUUUCGGAUAGUGAAUACUUCCCGAGAUUCAGGAAUAUUUGUGGCUCCGCCACGUGUCAUGCGGACGAACAUUAUUUGCCCACUUUUGUGAAUUUAAGGUUUGCACAUAAAAAUUCGAAUCGGAGCUUGACUUGGGUUGAUUGGUCGGGAGGUGGAAUGCAUCCUAGGUCGUUUUUUAGGACGCAUGUAACCGUUGAGUUCUUGAAGGGGUUGAGGAAUGUGAGAAGUUGCGAGUAUGACGAGGAGAAGAGAGCAGUUUGUUUUUUGUUCGCGCGGAAAUUCUUGCCCAAUAGUUUGGUUAGAUUGAUGAAAUUUGCUCCUAAGAUGAUGAGAUUUUGA